AUGCUCUUCAUCUUCUCCCUCCUCUUGGCCCCAUUCACCGCCAACGCGGCCAUCAGCGGCGACUACAACUGUACUAGCUACAACGGAACAUCGGUCGGACUGUCUCUCACGUCCUUCGCAUCAACUUCAACGUGUUUCAGUUCGUGUACACCCCAGCUGCGGUCGCCUGCUCGAACACCAUCUCGGAUGCCGCUUGCGAAGUUCUGUACGUGGAUCCAGACACCACCGCCGGAUACCCAUCCGCUGGAGGAGACGAACAGAGACCGUUGGCGUGCUACACCACCGCCACCGCCACUCCUGCUUCCAUCGUGCAAGACAUGAAGACUGCUGCUCUUGAGACUUGCGCCAAGACUUGCGGAUUGUGCUGUCAGACCGACGCCUACUCCUGCUCCAACGUCGCUUGUGAGUGCUUCGGUUUCAUUGCCGACUAGCUCACAAAAACCUUUCAGAUCCACGUCUCGACUGCUCCACAAUCACCACUUCCCAAUGCAACUCCAUCAUCUGGCGUACGAUCAUCGCCACCGACUGCCCAUCCGCUUGCGGAUUCUGUAACGAGGGAGGAUGCGUCGACGCUGUUGUCGAUUGCGCCAACGACGUCACCAUCUGCACGACCAUCGGAAUGCAAGACUUUGUGAACGCGUACUGCCAGAGAACGUGCGGAAGAUGUCCGUCGUCUACCUCUUCCUCCUCCUCCACCACCGCUUCUUCCUCUUCUUCCUGCACUUCCUACAACGCCGACAGCUCCACACACUGCGCCGACUGGGCCGCCAACGGCUUCUGCACCAACACCUUCUACACUAGCGCUCAACGCAAAUCGUAUUGCGCCUCCACUUGCAAGAUUUGCUAG